UGACGCUAAAGUGUAUUGGACGCCUUUACAAAAUCCGUUUGGGAAGUUUUACUCAAGUGUUUUGUUAGCCUACUUAAAUGUCCUUUAUUUAAACAUCGUACGAAUGUGUCUUUGGCUAUCCGCUAGCGUGUUCUGAAUGAUCGUUUCGUUCGCCACUGCUACUGUACAACACGCCAGCCCGGUAGAUGGCGGUAAUGUACUUAACAAGAUGGAGAAGAAGAACAAAUAAUUAGCCACUUUGCUAGCUUGAAUCCGCUACCUACCCGGCUAGUUUGUUAAUGAGACACAACGCGCGCGUUUUCCUUUAGACGUGCACGUACGUCAGCUAUCGCCCGCUAUGCCUUUUUAUGAAGUUUACUCCCAUCCUGCUUUAAUUCGGUACAAAACCAGUCUUUACACCAGCGCCACCGCGUUUCUCGUUGCGGUCUUGUGCCUCACUUACAUCCCACCGUUGCUGGUGGUGUAUAGGAGCCAAGGUUUCUGGAUCAAAAGGAGCACUUAUGAAGAGCAGCCAGUUGUACGCUUCCAGUAUGAGACUCUGCUGGUGGCUGCGACCAGUACAAGCGGGGAUUAUGUGGCCUGGAGCACCUCCCCUCAUUUCAACAACAUGCUGGGGAACAACCUGCGAAUCCCUCUUGUCUCUGUGAGAGAAGAGGACCAAAACCAGGAUGGAAAGUUGGACCUUCUGAUUUUUGAACUGCAGUUACCCCUGAAAGAUGAGGAAAGUGUUUACAGUGUCCAACUGCUUCUGACCUUCAGCUACCAGCUCUUUACAAAGUCAACAGUGGUGAUGCAGAGCCUGGCCUACGUGCAGCACUCCUCUUCUGUCCCUGGAGCUAAGCUCUUUAUGAGCGGAGACCUGAGGCUGCAGCAGAGGACACCGCUGCCUCACCGCGGACUAUUCAACAUUUACAAUGAGUCUGUGAUUGACACCUCCAGCCCUUUUGCAAGUGCAUACGACCUUGACAGCAUCGUGAGGCGCUACCAGGAACGAAACUUGACCACGGCCCUCUUCUGUCCCACACCAGUGUGGACCACAGGGCGGGCUGCUGGUUCUCCUUUCCUACUUAAUGUAGAAAUCCGCUACCCUGUGGAGGUAAUUAGCUAUCGCCCCGGCUUUUGGGAAACCAUCAAGUUUGCCUGGAUCCAAUAUGUCAGCGUUCUCCUGAUCUUUCGCUGGCUUUUUGAGCGCAUCCAGAAGUUUGUCUUCCAGAACCAGGUGCUAACCACCGUUCCGGUAACGCCUGGAAAACCUCACCAGCACUGACAGCGUGUGAGUUAUGCAAACACGUCAUAUUUCCAUAACUUCAACACAGCAUAGGAUUUUUUUUCUUAGUGUUUUAAAGAGGAUAGGCACAGAAUUGCUCGGCUCGAGCACAAUCAUCUGGAGGCUUUCAACACUGUUAAUUUCAGCACAGUGACCAAAGUUAAAUAAUAAAGAUGCCACCAAGCUUAAAAGGUUGGCGUGCAGGCUGCGUUCAUUUUGUGGUCUUGCGACAGACAUUCAGAUGCUACUGUGUUUUUGAGGGUUUAUUAACGAUCCUUUACACUUUACUGCAGGGGUGUCCAAAGUAUGGCCCUAGGGCCAUUUGCAGCCUGCGGCACAUUCUGGAAAUAUUUAACAAGAAAGCUGUUUGUUUGUUUUUUAAAUGAAAAAAAUCUGCAGUAAUUUGACAAAAAUAAAGUCAAAAUAUUAAGAGAAAAAAGUUGCAAUCUAAUGAGUCAUUUUACAAGAAUGUCGUACUAUUAUGAGGAAAAAAAAAACAUAAUUUUACGAGCAUAAAUUAAGAAUAUUAAGGGUGUUAUUUUUUUUAAGUCAUAAUAUGCUGGAAAAACAAAACAAAGUUGUAACUAUUGGAAAAUUAGAUUGCAGAAAAAGUUACAAUGUUGCAAGAAUAAAGCCGUAAUUACAUGAAGAAAAUUCACAGUAGUAGUUUAUACACACAAAAACAACCGCAGAAAUUUUAAAAAACAGCCGUAAUUUUACAAGAAUAAAAAGUUCUAUUUUGCUGCGAAAAACGUAGCAAUUUUACAAGAAUAAGCUCGUAAUGUUAUGAGGGAAAAAUAAAAUCAUUUUAGUGGCCUAUGCUACUAGUUGGAGCCUAGGAAGUAGCCUUGGCUACUAAAAUGACAUUAUUUUUCCUCAUAAUAUUAUGAGUUGGUUCUUGUAAAAUUGUUACCUUUUUAAAUGUUCAUUUUUAGUUAUUUUUUUAAAGUCAAAUAUAUUCUGAAAAACAAAACAAAAUGAAUUUUUUUUUUAUUUUGGGCAAAUUAGGUUGUGGAAAAAAAUCAUGUUACGAGUAAAAAUAUUAGGGGAAUACAGUCAUAAUUACGAGACGAAAAUUUACAAGAAUUCCUCCCACAUUCCAAAAACAUGCAUGUUAGGUUAAUUGGCGACUGUGACGAUUGUCCAUAGGUAUGAAUGUGAACAUGAAUGGUUGUUUGUCUAUAUGUGCCCUGCAAUUGGCUGGCACCCAGUCCAGGGUGUACCCCGCCUGUCGCCCAAAGUCAGCUGGGAUGGGCUCCAGCAUACCCCCGCGACCCUCAAGAGGAUAAGCGGCAUGGAAGAUGGAUGGAUGGAUGAAUAUUUAGAGGAAACCUGAAAUAGUUGGGGGGAAAAAAAACUGUAGAAAUGGAAAAAAAACAGCUGUAAUUUUACAACAAUAAGGUCAAAAUAUUGAACCAGUCAUAUUCUAAGGAGAGAAAAGAUGCAAUUUCACAAGAAAAAUGUAAUGGAGGGAAAAUAAUGUCAUUUAAGUAGCAUAAAGUUGAAAUAUUAAAAAAAAAAGUGUGUUUUUUUAAAGUUGUAAUAUUCUGAGAAACAAACAAAACAAAGUUGUAAUUUUUGGGAAAUUAGGUUGCAGAAAAAGUUAUUAUGUUGACAGAAUAAAGUAAAAAUAUUAUGGGAAUAAAGUCAUAAUUUUGAGAAAAAAAUUUACAAAAAGAAAGUUGAAAUAGUUGGUGGAUGGGGGUGUGGGGACACCAGAAAUGGAAAAAAAAUCAUUUGACAAGAAUCAAGUCAAACCAUUAAGAGGAAAAAAGUUGUACUCUAACGGAAUAACGUUGAAAUAUUAAAGAAAAAAUGUUUACAAAGAAAAAUGUUUUUUUAAAGACAUUGUGAGAAACAAAACAAAGUUGUAAUUUUUGGAAAAUUAGGAUGGGAAAAUGUUAGAUUAAGGGAAUAAAGUCAUAAUAUUAGGAGAAGAACAUUUAUGAAGAUGAUUUAAGAAAGUUGAAAUAUUUUUAAAAUUUAAAAAAAUAUUAAAAAUGGGGGGGUGACUAAAGAGUGAAGACUUUUUUUUUUUUUUUUUCCCUUGAAAUACGUUUUAGCACAUCUUUACAAAACACCAAAGUGGCAAAGUUGCAUCCUUUCAUUUUUCACUAUGUGGCCCAUGCUGGAAAAAGUUUGGACACCCCUGGUUUGUGCAUACACAAUGCCUCAUUCCAUCGGCCAAAUGCUGUGUGGUUCUGAAACACUAUGGGAUGAUUGUGGUCAGCUGGUUUAUAUUAAGGUUUGUCAACGAGCGUAUAUAUAACAUGCAUGCUAGUAGCUAAGUGUUACUUGUAGAAGCGGACUGUCUUAUGUGCGGUCGGUAAUGUUUUAGUUGAAUAUUUUUUACAUUUUAUGACGUAAAAGCUGCAAAAGUAAAGUGUACUCUUAUAGAGUCAAAAGAUUGCAGUGGUUUGAUUUAUUAAAAAAAAAAAAAAACUUUGCGCAGUGAAUGAUUUGAGUGGAUGGAUUACAUGUCAACGUUGUGUAAAUUGUUGUACAUUCUUUUUUUGGACUGGAUUAAAUAAAGUUUAACUUAGCAGAU